AUAGUUUUAGAAACAGACUACAGUGCAGCCCGUGGGGUUUGUGUUGCUUCCUAAUCCAACCGGUACUUCUGUCUUGUCAUUUCAAAACACCUUCCCUCUCUUUCGCUUUCUAUUUCUCUAUCUGAAACCCUAAUCUUCACCAUCUCUCUCUCUCUCCCCCCCCCAAAAAACCCUAGUCCACACUGAAACCUUCUACAAAACCAUGGCGGCGGUGCCACAGGUCGCCGGACGGGAGCUCUCGAAUCCUCCCUCCGACGGCAUAUCGAAUCUCCGCUUCUCCAACCACAGCGAUCACCUCCUCGUUUCUUCUUGGGACAAGAGUGUUCGGUUGUACGAAGCGAGUGCCAAUGUGUUGAGAGGAGAGUUCAUGCACGGCGGUCCUGUAUUGGAUUGUUGCUUCCAUGACGAUUCUUCGGGGUUCAGUGCUAGUGCUGAUAGUACUGUGAGAAGGCUUGUUUUCAGCUCAGGCAAGGAGGAUAUUUUGGGAAAGCACGAUGCACCUGUACGCUGUAUUGAAUACUCGUAUGCAGCAGGGCAAGUCAUCACUGGUAGUUGGGACAAAACAAUAAAAUGUUGGGAUCCUAGAGGUGCAAGUGGGCAGGAGCGCACCCUUGUUGGGACGUACACACAACCUGAGCGUGUCUAUUCUUUGUCUCUUGUUGGCAAUCGUUUAGUUGUAGCAACUGCAGGAAGGCAUGUUAACAUUUAUGAUUUACGGAAUAUGUCUCAGCCUGAGCAGCGAAGAGAAUCUUCAUUGAAGUACCAAACUAGAUGCGUACGCUGUUAUCCCAAUGGAACAGGUUAUGCUCUUAGUUCUGUGGAAGGUCGAGUUGCAAUGGAAUUUUUUGAUCUUUCUGAGGCUGGUCAGUCCAAAAAAUAUGCAUUCAAGUGUCAUCGAAAGUCAGAAGCUGGAAGGGACAUUGUCUACCCAGUAAAUGCCAUUGCAUUUCACCCGAUCUAUGGUACAUUUGCAACUGGGGGUUGUGAUGGUUAUGUGAACGUGUGGGAUGGCAACAAUAAGAAGAGGUUGUAUCAGUACUCAAAAUACCCAACAAGCGUUGCAGCCUUAUCAUUCAGCAGAGAUGGCCGACUCUUAGCUGUGGCAUCCAGUUAUACAUUCGAAGAGGGGGAUAAACCUCAUGAACCAGAUGCUAUCUUUGUACGAAGUGUAAAUGAAGUUGAAGUGAAGCCAAAGCCAAAAGCAUACCCAAAUCCUACAACAUAAAUUUUAAGUUGCAGAUAGCUCUGCUUGUUCAGUAGUAGUUUUUGGUCUGUGUUUGUGUUUGAUAUUAAACUGCGAGGCUUCAUCUUCUUAUGAAGCUUUUCCCAAACUAAAAAUGUAGAUUGACUGCCCAACCAUUGGUCCAAAAGUAGAUGCUCAUUUAUUAUUAUUAUUAGGUUCACUUCCUUGUGUAGUAUUGCAGCUACUUUCUCGUUGACCUUAACCCCUCUAGGGUGUGGUGGAUUAGUUCAUGUGCUGGAAGAAUAUUUGGAAUUGCAGCUAUUUUGAGAAUUUCAUUGUUAUGUGCACAAUGAUGCAUAUCACUCUAUUAUAUUAAUGUAGUUGUGCUGUAAAACUGGUUUGUUUAUA